CUGCGGGAUAAACCGAUCUUUUCUUUACAGCGGCAACGUUGUUUCCAUAGGCAAAAGGCAAAUAAACAUCAACACUGUGCCGAUUGCCGAAUACCUUCAAAGAGCCAAUUCUUAUGAACUGUGCAGUAAAAGUUGCAAUAAAUGUUGUACCAAAAUGUCCGUUUAUUUUUGCAAUCUAGAGGUAGCCCUAGUAUUAGGGGACAAACUUACCGUUGCCUCUAUGUUCACCAAAACCUUUGCGGAGCUGAGAAAAGAGGAACGACACCGGUUAAGUCUGUUCAGCCAACUUCAAAGAAUGAUCAAGUCGGUGUUCCUUUAGGUGCCAAAGUUAAAGAUGCUGGUAAAACUGUCUGGUAUACUGGAAUUGUUGUACUCGGCUUCCUUGCAACUGGUGCCCUUCUUUUUGCUGUGUUUAAAGAACUUUUCUGGAGCGAAAGCCCUCAAUCAGUAUAUUCAGAUGCUUUAAAAAAAUGUACAGACUAUCCCAGAAUGAAAGAUUUGCUUGGAGAACCAAUAACUGGAUUCUGUGAUGGGUCUGGGCGGAGAGGCCGUACUAAUCUCAGACAUAGCUUGUACAUUAAGGAUGGUAUAGAACACUUACAAAUCAGGUUCUAUGUCAAAGGGAUUCGCAACCAAGCCACGGUUCAUGCGGUCAUGGAAAAGAAAGACGGAAAAUUCGAAUACAAAUACUUGGUGGCAGAGACAGAAAAUUACCCCAAAGAGAAAAUUUUUUUAAUUGAUAACAGAAAACAUGAAUUGAAUUUCCAGGAAUUUUAAAUAGCUUCAGAGAAAAAUUGGUAAUAAAUAUAUCAUUUACUUGUAAA